CUCUCUAUCCAACUUCCAUGACGACCACCCAGUUAGCCCUGGUCUAAAAACGGCCGAAUUCACAAGGAAAACUGCAAUCGUCAUUGUUCAGUGGCAUUUAAAACAUAAAUACACAACGCUCUGUUUGCUGCAUUUUGCUGUUACAGUCUCAGCUUUAAGCACGAGUUUACACUUUGCCCCAAUGUGACACGUUGCGCUUUACUUCUGACGAAGGGUUAAACGUAUACAGGGCAUGGUUUGUUUACCGUAGACUCUUAACAAACUUCCAUUAUAAAGUUAAAGCAAAGCAGCGUACUCCACUGUGGUACCCUCAUAAAACAAUCACCCCUAAAGCAAAGACUGCCAUCAUAAAGCCAUCUGGUUAGCGCUUCCAACAAAGAUUUGCCAGCGGCAGUGGGCGUGGGAAAUCUUCCUAUUGGGAAGACGUGAGAUCGUUGGAGUUGAAAGCUGACUACUUCGCUCGUAAAACAUUAAGGAAGUGCUUUAGAAUGUGAAGUUUUACUUACGAGCUUGAACAUUUGUUAACAAAUUUAAUUUCUAGCCAUGGAUGGGGCGGGCACGAUUAUUUUGAUCUCUCUGGCAAUGUUCGUUGGCUGUUAUCUUCUUGGACUAAUCCCACUUGUUGCAAAACUUUCUGAGAAUAAGCUGCAGUUAGUGACUGUACUGGGAGCUGGGUUACUCUGUGGAACAGCCCUGGCCAUCAUCAUUCCAGAAGGUAUUGAACUUUUAGAAAAUUCCUCUAAAGUUCCAUGCAGAAAUGUAGCUCAGAGCAUCAACAGUUCAGAAUCUGCUACCUCCCUUGACAAGCCUACAGAAGGGUCUUCCCGCUUCUUUGUUGGUCUUACUCUGGUUUUGGGAUUCAUUCUCAUGUUCACUGUGGAUCAAAUUGGAAACUACUGUGCCUACCAUGAUCCUCGGACAGGAGUGUCAAACAGUACACAUGUCAUAGCAACAAUUGGGCUGGUAAUUCAUGCUGCAGCUGAUGGUGUGGCACUUGGAGCAGCUGUGUCUUCCUCAGAGGUCACUGUUCAAGUUGUUGUCUUCUUUGCUGUUAUCUUGCAUAAGGCCCCUGCAGCAUUUGGACUUGUGUCAUUUCUGAUGCAUACUGGUUUAGAGAAAAAAGAAAUACAGACGCAUCUGCUUGUUUUUUCCAUAGCAGCUCCACUACUAGCUGUAGCAACAUAUUUUAUACUAAGCCAGACUGGUGGAACGUCGCAGUACAGACUGUACGCAACAGGAAUGGGAAUGCUGUUUUCUGCUGGGACCUUUCUGUAUGUUGCAACUGUGCACGUUUUACCUGAAGCUAGCAACAGAGUGUCUCACAGUCAUGGGUCAGCUGGCUAUGGACAGAAAGGAAUGACUGCCCUUGAGAGUCUAACCCUAAUAAUAGGACUCACCAUUCCAGUCUUACUGUCACUUGGCUUUCAAGAUGGUUGACAAUAGCGCCAUUGUCUGCAUUCAGAGCCAAGCCAGCCAUGUGCAUUAUACGAAGCAGAUGAAGUUGUAGCAGUGCAGUGUUACAAACACAUAGCUUUUAGUUUACAUAUAAAAACAAAAUGUAAAUGGAUCUGUUGUUACUACAUUUGGAUCUUAAUGAGCCUUUGUGGAGCCAAGCAAUGCAGUUGUCUUAUGGGAAUGACUUUCUGAACUGUUUUGACUGAUAAAUGUCAUACCAUUGACAAAAAGUGAUUGUACUGUUUACUAAAUUUAUAUGAAAGGAUACCUUCAAGCGUAGAGAAAUGCAGUAGGUAUUUAAUCCCACUGAAACAGGGCUCUCAGUGGCUGCUUUUAGAAAUGUGUCUUAAUUGUCAAUAUCUAAUAGAAGAAACAUAGCUGCAAGAAGUGAACGGAAUAAUAUGUGCUGAUUGUAAACUUCACAAGUAUGGCCAUGUCCAGAAAUAAUUUUUGUAUGACUGAUAAUUGUAGGAGGAACUUUUAAAUUAUAAAGUUAAUUUGCUAAACAGUA